CUCGGUUAGCUUUCCCUCCACUUUCUUCUCUCUCUCUCUCCAGCAAAACGCAGGUCCUCUCAAAGAGCUUAAUUUCCAUUCGUCAAUGGCGGCCACCAUUCUCCGUCGCAUUCACACUUCCAACGGCUAUUGCUCGCUCAGAAGGAUCACCGGAAGCUUCGGUUCUCGUUCGGAUCAACUCGUCAAUGUAAAUUCGUAUACAUACUCCUUUCAAGUGCGUUCGAUAGCUACGGCUGUAGGAGCAGUUGCGAAAUUUGAAUCGAUGAUUGCUACGAAUGAACGUAAGUAUUACAUGUUGGGUGGCAAAGGAGGUGUUGGAAAAACUAGCUGUGCAGCAAGCCUUGCUGUUAGAUUUGCAAAUCAUGGACAUCCUACCAUUGUGGUUUCCACUGAUCCUGCUCAUUCAUUGAGUGAUUCUUUCGACCAGAAUUUAACAGGAGGGGCGCUUGUUCAUGUACAAGGAACGGAAUCUCCACUAUAUGCACUUGAGAUAAAUCCGGAGAAAGCAAAGGAAGAAUUGAUGUCUGCAGCCCAAAGACAAGGUGGUAUCAAGAACAUGAUGGACGGGAUGGGACUUGGAGCACUUGCCGAACAGCUGGAAGAACUGAAAAUAGGAGAGCUGUUGGACAAUCCUCCGCCUGGUAUGGAUGAAGCUAUUGCAAUCUCCAAGGUUAUGAACAUCCUUGAGUUACCAGAAUAUAGCACGUUCACACGCAUCAUUCUGGACACAGCACCAACAGGGCAUACACUAAGACUUUUAGCAUUGCCUGACUUCAUGGAUGCAUCUAUUGGCAAGAUGAUGAAGCUAAAGAAAACUAUAUCUUCAGCGAAAAAUGCUUUCAAAUCCAUGUUUGGGAAAGAGGAUGCGCAACCAAAAUUGGAUACUAGUGACAAGCUGGAGCAACUAAGAGCAAAGAUGAAAGAAGUGCACAAGCUUUUCCAUAACCCAGAGACCACUGAAUUCAUCAUAGUAACAAUUCCCACGGUUAUGGCUGUAAGCGAGUCAUCUCGGUUGUGUGGGUCACUGAAGAAGGAUAAUGUUCCUGUGCAAAGGAUUAUUGUGAAUCAAGUAUUACCUCAAUCAUCAUCAAACUGCAACUUUUGCUCAAUGAAAAGGAAGGAUCAAUUGAGGGCCAUUGAUUUGAUAAAGAAUGAUCCUAUACUUAGUGAUCUGUCCAUGAUGGAAGCACCUUUAUUUGAUUUGGAGAUUAGAGGUGUUCCAGCUCUUAAGUACAUGGGAGACAUGAUUUGGAGAUGAAAUCAAACGCUAUAUCAGAUGUCCAGAAAACCAAACAUGAGGUUUGCUGACCUUUUAAAGAGAGAAAAUUUUCACAGGAAUUGUUCACGCUUUACUUUUGCAGGCUGCUUUAGGUAAUUAGAACAUUAACAACGAUCUUUUCAAAUUGUAUUGUCACCAUUUGAGUCAUGGUUAUGUUCAAUUUAUAUUCUGCGAGAUUUCCUGAAA